AUGGCGGAGAGAAACGAAGACAUGGAGGAAGACGUAGGAGACGUCCCUGCCGGGGAGGAGGACAACGACUCGGACAGAGAAGAAGAUGACAGGUUGUUUGCCUGGAUGGUGAAUGAUGACAUGGCGGAGGAGGAGGAAGAGGAGGAGGAAGAAGAGGAGGAGGACGAUGAUGUGGAGGAUGAGCAGCCGGUGGACACUGAAGCGUCCGAGUCAUUCGAAGUGGACACCCCUGCUGAACGCAGCGGCCACAUAGCUGUUGUGGACAGAAACAUCAUGUAUGUGUGGGGGGGAUACAAGAAUGCACAAAACCAUGGGUUCUUUGACUUAUAUCUACCGAGAAAUGAGAUCUGGACCUACAACAUGGAGUCAGGAGUGUGGACAAAACAUGUAACCGCCGGUAACCUACACACAUCCAUGUCAGGCAGCUGUGGGGUGUGUGUUGAUGGAGUCCUGUACCUAUUUGGUGGCCAUCACGCCAGGGGAAACACAAACAGAAUAUACCGCCUGCUCCUGGGGGCUCCCAGUCUCGUGUGGGAGGAGAUGAAGGAUCUUAAAGGACUUCCUCCAUCUUCCAAAGACAAGUUAGGAUGCUGGGUUCAGAAAAACAGACUAAUAUUCUUUGGGGGCUAUGGCUACGCUCCUCAAGGGACUCAUCGAGGGACUUUUCAGUUCGAUGAGUCGUCGAUUCACGUGUGGGACAGCCCAGAGCGAGGCUGGAACAACCACAUCCACAUUCUAGAUCUGGAGACGUCAACGUGGAGCCAACCCAUCACUCAGGGCAACACGCCAUCGCCUCGAGCAGCUCAUGCCUGUGCUACAGUUGGCAACAGGGGGUACGUGUUUGGUGGGCGAUACAAGAAUUACAGACUAAAUGACCUGUACUACAUUGACCUGGACACCUGGGAAUGGCAUGAAAUGAGUGUUCCCCAACUGGGUCCUUUGGGCCGAUCUUGGCACUCCUUCACACCCGUAUCAUCAGACCACAUCUUUUUAUUUGGAGGUUUCACCACAGAGAGAGAGACGCUGAGUGACGCUUGGCUGUACUGCGUGAGCAAGAAUGAAUGGAAGCCCUUCAAACACGGUCACACAGAGAGCCCCAGGCUGUGGCACACGGCGUGCUCGGGUCCUGAUGGAGAAGUCUUUGUGUUUGGAGGAUGUGCCAACAACCUCCUAUCUCACCACAGAGCAGCUCACAGCAACGAGCUACUAGUAUUCAAUGUUCAGCCCAAAUCAUUAGUUAGGUUGUGUAUGGAGACAGUUCUGCAGCACAGGGAGCGUCUGUCUUGCUACUGGGACUGCUUGCCUAAACACCUCUUACACAGCCUCAAACUGAGAAUGUCCCGUGUCAACAUUCUGGGAUCUUAG